AUGACAGUUCCAGAAAAAUAUAAUCCACCACCACCGCGAGAGAUUAAAGUUAAAUUCAAUGGAGUAGCAGCUACUUUAGCAAUACCUCAUUCAAUGGAUAGUGAUAAUCCUUUUGAAGAAGAAUUAGCACCUGUUACUCACAAAGCAGCUAUUAUAUUACAUGGUCAAGGAGGUCAUAGAGAUUAUUGUUAUCAAAAACAAUUAGCUCAUAGGUUAGCUAAAGAAUUGGGGAUUUUUAGUUUAAGAAUUGAUUUUAGAGGAAAUGGAGAUUCUGAUGAUAAUGAAAAUAAAUUAGAAGGAAGACAUUUAAAUCAAGAUGUUGCUGAUAUCCAAUCUUCAGCUGAAUUUUUAAGAGAUGGAUCUAAAAACGGAUUGGAUAUUGAUUUAACUAUAAGUUCUAUUAUUUCUCAUUCAAGAGGUGGAGUUGCAAUGUUUUUAUGGGCAUUAGAACAAGAUGAAUUAUUGAAAAUGGGAGAUUCUAAUGCAAUUAUUGUACCUAAUUUAAUAAAUUGUGCAGCAAGAUAUACUUCCAAAACUGUCUUGGAAAGGUAUUCACAUUUUGUUGAUUAUGAUUAUAUAUCAGAUGUUGGAUUUUAUAGAUAUGGGAAACAUAUAAAGGGAGAUUUAGCCGCAAGAGAAAUUAUAACAUUAUCUAAACCUGAUUUUGCUAAAUUAAGUGAAUUAUCAAGAGACAUUUCAGUGUUGAGUAUAUAUGGAUUACAUGAUGAAAUAAUCCCAAAAUAUGAUAGUGCAAAUUUUGCAAAUGCAUUAAAUAGAGGCCCCAAAUCACAUACUUUAAAAUUAAUCCCUGAGGCUGAUCAUAAUUUUUAUGGAUUCCAAGAAAUAGAACCAGACGAUGAUUUAGAUGAAAUUAACCCGUUACAUUUACCUAUUAAAAAGGGAAGAAUUAAUUAUAAUAGUUUAGUAGUGGAUUAUAUUAUUGAAUUUCUAUCUCCCGAGAAUGAAUUUGAAAGAUUUCUUGUAUCUACUGAAGUAGUUGGAAGUGUACCAAGGUGGAAAAAUGUUGAAAAAGUGAGCAAUUUUAGAGAUAUUGGUGGUUGGAGAAUCUUGCAUCCAACAUUUGAAUUAAAACCUACAGUCAAGAAUCAAAUAUAUUACGUUAAACCUAACGUUGCAUUUAGGUGUGCAAACAUUUCAGAAUUAACUGAUAAUGGUUUAAAAACAAUUGAGAAAUUAGGUAUAAAAGCAAUAUUUGAUUUAAGAUCAGAUGGUGAAGUUUCAAAAGAUGGGUACCCACCAAAUUUAUCUGAAUAUGGAAUUACAAGGUAUCAUACACCAGUUUACGCUAAUGAUGAUUAUUCACCACAAGCUAUAGCGUUAAGGUAUACAAAUUUAAUGACAUCUUGGUCAACUUAUGUUCAUGUUUAUAAAGAUAUGUUUGAAUUUGGUAAAGAAGCAUUUAGAAGUAUAUUUUUAUAUAUUUUGGAAGAAAAUCAACCAUUUUUGUUUCAUUGUACCGCUGGUAAAGAUCGUACUGGGGUAUUUGGAAUGAUGUAUUUGUUAUUAGCUGGAGUUGAUAAAAACACUUUAUCAAAAGAAUAUGAAUUAACUACCGUUGGUUUGAAACCAGAACAUCCAAUAUUGAAAGAAAAAUUCAUCGAAGCAGUAAAUAAAAUUAGAUCAAAAUUUGGUAAUGAUGAAGAAGGGGACGCGUUAGAAAAUAUGAUAAGUCAAGGAAGGAAAGAUUGGAAAAUAGAAGAAGAUGGUUUCAAAAAUUUAAUAAGUUCAAGAUACGAGGCUAUGUUAGCUACUAUACAAUUAUUUAAUGAAUUAUAUGGAAAUAUUGUUAAUUAUAUGGAAGACAUAUUGGGUUUCUCUAAACAAGAAAUUAAACAGAUUUAUGAAAAUAUUGUAACUUCUGAUCCCAAUAAUGUUGGAUUUGAGUUGAAUACUCAGAUUAAAUGGGAUCAUAGAGCUAAAAUUUAG